AUUAAACAAAAUUGCAUUUUCCUCAUUCAAAAUUUGAACUUAAAAAAAAUUGCACUGAAAUAGAAUAAUUGAGGUGUUCAAAACAAUAUCCGUUUUGAUAUACUGAAUUGAUAUUUUUAAAACAUGUAUGUCAAUCAUAAUAUGGUUUUAUUACAAUAGUAUAUUUUUCAUAUCGAUAUAAUCAAAAUAUUUGUUGAAACAUAUAUUUAUGUGUUAAUAGAUUCCAAAGCGAAAAUAAGUAGACAGAACCAAAUAAACAUAUUCAAACUUCACAACAAUUCUCAUUUUUCAGGGGGAAAAAAAUUCCUUAGGUUAAAUUUGGCUUAACUUCCUUUCUACCAAAGGCGCUUUUGAGUUGUUGAACCAAACUCCCACUUGAUCAAUGUUCAUAAAUGCCAUUUUUACCAUCUGAAAAAUCUCAUAGCUAAUUAUUUCUUUUCACCCUUCUUUCCAAAAAAAUUUCUCUCUUUCCCCCCUUUCCUUCUCCCUAGCUAAUCCAACUCCUCUCGUAAUCUUAGAACAAUUUCUUCUGUUUGUUCGACAUUAAUUCCUAGAUCUUACACAGAGUCGGGGUGCAAAUCGACAACGCAUCCAUGUUGAAAAUCUUAAUAUAUCAAGAUCGCUCGAAAACAAUGUGUAAAGAGAUGCAACCCUAACUUCUUUCUUCAUCAUCAUCAUCGAUUCUCUCCUAUCGAUCUGGACUCCUGUCAGCACACCAUUUUCUUCGAGAUCUUCAAACACAACGUAAGAAUUUCUCCAAGUUCCCCUGCACGCACGCACGCACGCGCGCGAUGUAAUAAAAAUCGACAUAUGAUUGAUUCGUCGACGCGACACGCCACCAUCAGCAACAUCGCGAACAACAGGCUCGACGACGACGUGAGAGCCAUAAACCCGGUCCAUGCAUGCAUGCAUGAUUCAUUCGAACCAGAAAAGGCUGCUGAAACUGCUGGGGAUCAAGAAGGUGUGGGUGGGUGUUAUGGGCUGCAUUUGCUCCAAAGGUGGCCAGCAACCAAACAAUGGAAAUUACGUAGACAGCAACCACAACCACAGCGGCGGCAAGAGCAAAGAGAAGAGCAAAAAAUCCUCCAAGCGGUCAAAGAGAGAUCAAGACGUCGACAACGACGACGAUUACGAGAACGUGUGCGCCGUGAUCGAGCAAUGCGGCGGCGGCGGCAACUUCGACGGCGAAGCCGGCGGACUAGGGAUCUUCCCAUUGACCCCUAACGAUCACGAAGAGACAAAGAAGGGCGGCAGCAGCAGAUCCAAUCACCAUUUCCACCACAAGAUGUCGUCGUCGUCGGCGGCGGCGGCCGGGGUGUCGAGCAUGGCGCACGGCGGGAAGGCUGCUCAGGUCGUCGCCGGGUGGCCGUCGUGGCUCACCGCCGUCGCGGGGGAAGCCAUCAAUGGUUGGAUCCCACGACGGCUCGAUUCCUUCGAGAAGCUCGAAAAGAUUGGACAGGGGACGUACAGCAGCGUAUACAAGGCGCGCGAUCUGGAGUCGACGAAGAUCGUCGCGCUGAAGAAGGUCCGGUUCGCGAACAUGGACCCGGAGAGUGUGAGGUUCAUGGCGAGGGAGAUCAUCAUUCUCAGGAGGCUCGACCAUCCAAACGUCAUGAAGCUCGAAGGGAUUAUCACCUCCAGAACUUCCGGCAGCCUGUACCUGGUUUUCGAGUACAUGGACCACGACCUCACCGGACUUCUGUCCAGUUCGGGAUCUCAGUUCACCGAAUCGCAAAUAAAAUGCUACAUGAAGCAGCUGCUCACGGGGCUGGCGCACUGCCACAGCAGAGGAAUCAUGCACCGCGACAUCAAGGGCGCCAAUCUCCUGAUCGACUCGAAAGGGAUUCUCAAGAUCGCCGAUUUCGGGCUCGCAACUUUCUGCACUCCUUCUGCCAAACCGACCAGCAACAGCGACAACAACAAGCCUCAGCCGCUGACGAGCCGGGUGGUGACGCUCUGGUACAGGCCGCCGGAGCUCCUGCUGGGAUCCACGGACUACGGCGUGGAGGUCGAUUUGUGGAGCUCGGGGUGCAUUUUGGCCGAGCUCUUCAACGGGAAGCCGAUUAUGCCGGGGAGGACGGAGGUGGAGCAGAUCCACAAGAUCUUCAAGCUCUGCGGUUCCCCCAGCGAGGAGUACUGGAAGACGUCGAAGCUGCGGCACAGCACCACGUUCAAGCCGCAGCAGCCGUACAAGCGGCGGAUCGGGGAGACGUUUGGGGAAUUGCUUCCCUCGUCGGCGUUAGGGCUUGUGGAGGUGCUUCUCUCUGUUGAGCCGGAGAAUCGCGGGACUACUGCUUCGGCUCUUGCUAGUGAGUUCUUCACGACGGAACCUCUUCCCUGCGAGCCGUCCAGCCUGCCGAAGUACCCUCCAAGCAAGGAAUUCGAUGUCAAGCUCCGGGAAGAUGACAAUAAAAGGAAAAGAGCAGCAGGAGGCAAAGGCAAAGGAAGGGAAUCAGAAAGGAUAUUUACCAGAGGAGCUAAAGUCAUGGCAGCUACUAACAGUAAUAUAGACGUGCAUAUCUCUGCAAAGAGGAGAAAAGAGCGGGAUCGGAAGGAGAAAGCAACCAAGGACAACAACGAAAGGUCGAAGAACAAUAAGGAGGAUGAUUGUGAUGAUGAAGCUGAUUCCAAUACAAUGUCCGCAACAAGGAAUAACGCGACCUCUCGUGAUCUAAACCUUUCCUCCCAAGGCGGUGAUCAGGGAGUUGGUGGUGGAAGGAACUCCAACCAAACGUCUUCCUCUGCAGCAGCCAAGCUAUCGAGGUUCUCAAACUCGGUAGUGAUUAGAGACAACAAUGCCAGUUCAUCAUCAUCACAGUACCCGGGUUACGGCGGUGGUGGCAGCAGCUCCCACUGGCAGCAGCUCCGUUUCGGUCGCCACAACUUGGAGGAUGCAUCUGCACACCCGAUCCUCGGCGAAUCCAAGUUCGGCCACAAGGGCGAACGCUCUUCCGUGGAUUCUGCUCGGGGGUUUUACGGGAAGAAGGGCAGGAUGCAUUACUCGGGGCCAUUGAUGACAGCAGGAGGCAACAUCGAGGAGAUGCUGAAAGAACACGAGAGGCGAAUCCAGCAUGCAGUAAGGAAAGCGAGAUCGGGGAAGAACAAGAACUUCCAAGCAGGCGAUGAUGGUGAAGAUGGCGGCGGCGGGGGCGACGACGACGGAUCGCAGUUGUAUCGAGCUCGUUAAUGGGAGGUGCUGCUGAUGAUGAGGAUGAACGAUUUCCAGUGAUCAUGCAUGGCUGAAAAAGAGACUGCAGCAUGUCAAAAUUUUGCUCAAUCUGCAUGUCCUUAUUAUAGCAUACGAGUUAGCACACGUCGUUAUGCUCAAAUGGUUAUGUUAAACGUUAACCAUGGCGUUGUUAAGGUGCUGUGAUAUUGAAUCUGAUUUGUUGAUAGAACAGAGACUUAUGCCGGAAUGAAUGGAGGAUGUCAGCUUCCGAUGACAGGGGGAUUUGUAUGACUGUGGAAAGUGUGUUGAUCAUUUUUUAGCAUAAAACUAUCCAAAAAGUUAUCAAUGAGAAAAGGUCAUAGUACGGCCAAGCCAAUCCUUUGACCCUAAAUUACAAAGAAAUAAAUAAAACUCAAAUUUUGGGUUUUAUCUUGAACUCAAUUCAUUAUGAGUCAAGUUAAUUUGCGCAUUAUCUCUUUCGGGAUAAAUUCUUGUGAAUUUUUUAAUUUAUGUCUAAAUUAGACUUUUGAUAGUGGGUAUCUAAAAGAAAACAAAUAUCAAAUUUUGAUGAACUUUUUGCUUUUUCUGUGUUCGAUAACAAAUAUCGAAUGUGGAAACACCAACUUAAAACGAUAUAUUAAGAGUGUGUUUGAGUCCAUAUAGCUCUGAUCAAUAGCUAUAUAAGUCAUGACAAUUAGGUAAAAUUAUGCAAUGAAUCAACCUAUUCUUACCCCUAUUAAUCCUAAUUUGAUUUAUAAUGAUUUGAAUGUACCUCAUGUACGAAAGACAAAAAAAUAAAUAAAGAUGAACAUGUAAU